AAUCAUACUAAAACCCUUCUCUCAUAAACCCUAAAAAUCAGACUUGGUUCCGUUGAACACCGAUUAAGCAUUUUCUAUAAUUCUGCUCUUAAUGGAGAUCACUGGUUUGUUCCCUCUCGUGAGUGAGAACUACUCCCUCAAGUUGAAACGUUCAAUGCAAGACCUUUUGGCUGAGAUCCCCAAAGAAUUCCCAAAUUUUACUCCUUUCGUCGAUGCGUUUUACGAAUUGAUGCAAGCGAAGGUUGAUCCACCCUUCGAGGUGACAUGGGUCUACGCUGCAAUUAACUUUCGUGGUCGUAACUCGGAGAAAAAAGGCGAUGCCUUGGAUAGAAUAUUGGCCGCAAAAGACUUGUUUCAGUUGCUAUCUGCAUGUUCAGCUUCUGUUCGUGCUUCAAAGAGCAUCGCUUUGAUGGCUCCUGUUGUUUUCGCGGUGAACGGAGUGAUUCAGGAGCUGUUUGGGAGGGAAUUGAGAUUGAAGAGAGAGAAGAAAGCAAUGAGGGAGGUGAAGUCUUUGGUGGAUGUAGUUCUUGGGUAUAUAAGCAUUUGCUGUGAUAAUAAUAAGGUUUAUGAGGAAGAACCUGAUUCUGUGAAUUUGAUUUUUCCUUUUACUGAUUUGGCUCGUGUUUGGGUGGACAUGAAUGAUGAUGAAGGGUUUAAAUCUUUGUUGCCUCUUGUGAGCGGUGAUGUCUGUGGCUGGAUUCGUUCUAGAGAUUUUCAUGGGGGUUACUUGGGUGGUGCUGUCAUCAUGGAAGCGUUUUUCAUGAAACUUUGCCUUUCUUUUCAUUUGGCAACGUCAAAGGAUGAAUUGGAAAUGAAUCUCAAGAGUUGGGCUGUUGGCUCAAUAUCUAGCUUUCAAAACAUAUACUUUUUGGAGAUCCUUAUGAGGACCAUUUUAGAGACAGCUUUGCCUCUGAUCUCAAUACUGAAACCUGAAGGUGAAAUUCUAUCAAGGAAAAUUCUAUUUGAUGCUGUACUAUUGGUGGACUACCCUUUUCUCUAUCUAAAUGCCAAGUACAUAAAAAACCUUAUCUUGACCAGAUUGAUUGUUACUCUCAAGGCUGUGGAGUAUUUUAGGGGGCUUGGUGAUCAGAAUAGAGCUAUCUCUUAUAUUAAGGCAUUUUCUGCUUCUCGAUUGCCAUUGCAAAUCAUUAAAUGGGUUACAAGCCAGAAUGGUUUGGAGGAAAAAACUGGCAGAGCAAAUGGAUCCUCCCCCAGAGCUCUUAUAAAUUGGCUGCUGAGCCUUGAGAAUCGAGGGAUCAGAGUUUUUGAAGAUGAUAUUUUAAAAAGCCAUGCUACAUCAGGUCAUGAUAUUUCCCAAUCUGAGCACCCAGCUGGUAACUUGGAGGGCAAGGUAGCAGAUGAUGACCUUUUUUAUGUGGAUAAUAUCGGGGAAGAGGGAAAUACAGGUGACAAUGAUAAGCAAAACAAAUUGGUUAGUGAUGCGUUUGUAGCUGCUGCCCAAACUAUGAAGUUAUCCGAUGAUGGAGCUCGAAAACGAAAAGGAAAACACAGUGAAAAGAAAAUUAAAUUUGUCAAAUAUGACCUCCAUCAAAACUCUGAGCCAGUCAAAGCAAGGACUUCAGCCGCAGAUGAUAGUUCAAGUGGUGAGAGUGAAGUUGAGGAUCCUGUUUCAGAUACAGAUGCAUAAAGCGAGAAUAACGAACUGUUUUCUGUGUAAUGAUGUUAUUUAAACCUACUACAACUAGAUGCCACAGUCCCAUGUUAUUAUGUAGUGCAUUGGAGGGAUCCUUUACAUGAUGAAAGGUCUCAAGAGGUGGUGAGAAGUUGCUUGCUGCCUCAUCAGUUUUGUAAGCAUUAUGUCCCCUGGUUUGCGAAUUCAAUUCAGCCUGGCUCCAACAAGUUUGUAGUGCAGUCACAUUGCAGUUGCAACGGCACUUUCUUAAGAUGUUGAGUAUUUUAUUUGUAUUAUAUGAUGUUAGUAAAUUGUGAUAUACUAAAGGCUGAAAUUUCUUAUCCACAAUCCACAAAUUGGACGUGGACAGGUCUUUUCCUUUUCUUCCCU